CUUCGCGCCACUCGGUCGGUUGACUGUGAGCAUGCGCAGAAGCGCUUACGUCGAGCUAUCGGCGCCUGUCAGGCAUCGGCAUCUCCAUAACCACAAAUCUCCUCUGAAUCAAUAUUGAUUCAAUGUCAAAUUUUCAACAUUAACUGACACUGCUGAAAAAGGGAUCAUUCAGUGUUGAAUGAUAGUUAUUUUUCCAUCUCCAACAUUAAACGAUGAAGUGUGAUCACAAGUCAACAUUUUUUCAAUGUACUUAUGCUAUCUGGUACACUUGCACAGUUUUUUAUGUUCCUGUACUGCAAAUUUCUGUGGAGGACGUUGAAGUUCGUGACCCGAAAGGUCACGGGACGGUGUGAGAUGCAGCGCAUCUGUUACAACAACAAACCAGGCGCCCGCCGGACCUUGAAGAUAGAAUCAUCUCUCAAGUUCUCCAAGAGUGGGCUCCUGCAGUCUGCUGUCAAUGUCCAUGCAGACUCUGUUGAGAAGACCAUUGAUGUCAUUAUGGCAUUAAAAAAGAUCAACCCUGACACAAACCCACAGUUGGCCAUCUCUCUUCAGGCCAGCCUCUACCAGAUUGUGGGCUACAGGAGCCUAGUGGUUGAGGUGGAGAAGCUGCGAAGAGAGCCAUAUGACUGUGAGAACCCUGAUCAUGAGGAAAUGCUGCUGAAGUUGUGGAGGACACUUCGCCCCGAAUCUCCUCUGAGUGGGCGCAUCUCCAAGCAGUGGUGUGAUAUUGGUUUCCAAGGCAGUGACCCCAAGACUGACUUCAGGGGAAUGGGGCUCCUGGGCUUACAAACUCUUCU